UUCGAUUAUGCAAUAGCCCAGAGCCACAAUAUGGAGGCUCUCAGUGUAUAACUGUUGAGGGAGUAGAGCAACUCGAGGAAUCACAGGUUGAAACAUGUAACACACAACCCUGCCCUAUUGACGGGGGUUGGGGAAAUUGGACAGUCUUUGAGGAUUGCAGUCAAACAUGUAACGGUGGUAUCCAGUCACGCAGUAGAGCAUGUAACAACCCCUCCCCAGAGUUUGGCGGCAAAAUGUGUGUAGACUCAGAAGGUGUACCUACACUGGAUGAAUCUGAGACGCGUAUUUGUAACACACAGCUAUGUCCAAUAAAUGGUGGCUGGGGUGACUGGUCAGUAGGAAGUUGUACCGUAAGUUGUGGCGGCGGAACAUCAACAUCUGUGAGAUAUUGUGACAAACCAAAACCAGCUUUUGGUGGAGAAGACUGUUUGUCCCUUGAUGGUACUCGUUUGAGUGAAGAAACUAAUACUAUACCUUGUAAUGAGUUUCGAUGUCCCCAAUUAGCAACUACAGAAAAACCCGUGGAUACAACUGGCCCAAAUGACGUCACGGAAAUACCUUUACCGCCAGGCUAUCAAGAUGAUCCUGAUGCCCAGAUAUUACCACCAUUACCGGGGGAUGAGUUGGGAGACGAUCCUGGAUCUGUCGUGGAUAUUCCGCCUCGGGAACGCCAGGCUUCAGAACCUUUGUCGGAUUCAGUUGCGCCAGUGGAUUUACCUCGGCGUCGUAGGCCAGUAGCUGAACCCCUGUCUGACAAAGGCGCGCGUUUGGAUGGUGGUCUUGGGGAUGAUGAUGCGCUCAAUGAACCUGUGCAGGCCAGUGAAGGAGACACUAAUCUUUUGCAAAAAGAUGUUGUUUAUGGUGAUCCACAUAUAGCCGAGACAGUGAUCGGUGGAACAGAAACUAUUUGCUACGAUGUCAAAGGGAAAGCGCAUACAAAAUACAGACUUCUGACAGAGACAGCAUCUUCCACAGAGGUUGACAUAUCAAUGGCAACAAAUCGUGGUAAAGAGGCCAUGCUUGUUGAAUCUGUUGAUAUACGUACAGAGAGCAUGGACAUAUCUGUAAAGCUGAAUAAGAAAUCAACUGGCGAACUGCUAUAUACAACUAAACAGAAAUCAGGAAAAACUGACGUAUCCAUAACACUUAGUGAAGACAAAAGGGCGCUGGUUAUUCACAUAGGAAAGUUUAUGGUAGAGUUGGCAGGAAAGCACACACACAUACUGAUUUCAAUUACUGACCUACACUACAUUGAUGGCGUAGCUGGUGGAAUAAUGGGUGAUGUAUUGAAUUCAGUAGCUUCUAUAGCUGAUGGACAAUUGCGUCUUAACAAUGGGAAGACGUUGGACGUUCAGAAAUGGCGACAAUUGGUCCAUGGCAAUAGUGAUCUUGCUGAUGUCGUAUUAUCCUGCUGGCGUAUAAAAGGAUCUAGAAAACUAUUUAACAUUGAUGAUUAUGAGGUUUAAAUAGGGCUGUUGUAUGUUCUGUAUAACUAAUAACGAUAAACGGUGGCUAUGUAAUGGUGUACAAGUAUCUUCUUUAAAAGGACAGACCAUAAUUGGAGGGAGUCAUAUUUCGAAUAACUGCAUCGUUGAUUACAAAGUGAUCAGAAACACUCGAGGCUCACUAUGAAUUUCACAUGUAGACUUCAGAUGUUAACUAAAAUAAAGAUUAAAAAUAAAUAAAA